UUGUGCUGUGUGUUUGCACACGUUUUUUAAACAAAUAUAUUCAUUCAGUGGAUAAGCAGACGAAGCAUAAGCAUCCUCUCUCAAUUUCUUGGAUGUGGGUUAAAAUAUUAAUACAGACGCUGUGAAGGAGGCCUCACCUGUUGGAUUUGACUUGGUUGACAGUAACGUUAGAAGUGGACCGUGAGGAGUGAACAAAAUCAUGGUCCCUUAUCUGUGAGAGACAGGUCAGGACAGGUCAGGCUACCCAUCAUCAUGUCCAGUCGAGAGUGUCCAGAUAGCCCAUUGCUGGAGGGUGAGGAAAGCAGAGGGGUGGAGAGAGAAUCGGACAGAGACAGUGCAGUAGACAGCGCUUCAGAGAUAUCAGAUGGAGGGAGAACUGGAGAAAAAGAGGAAGGGAUUGGGCUUUGCCUCCCAGGAGAAAAGUGUGAUCUGAUGCAUAAUCAUUCUGAGUUUUCUGAUCAGUCUGCACUUUCAUCUGCCUCGUUAAAUGAAGAGCAGUUUGAGGACUAUGGAGAAGGUGAGGAUGGAGACUGUACUACAAGUAGCCCCUGUCCAGAUGAUGAGAUUCACAUUAAUGGAUGCUCAGAUCUGGGGUCUUCAGUUUCCUCCAGUGCUGGUCAAACUCCUCGAAAGAUCCACCAUGUGGAUGACCAACUGGAGGUGUUUUGCUCUCAGUGUAGUAAGAGGGUCAGUCUUCUCAGUGACCUGGAGAACAGGCUGAAAAAUCUCAAAACCAGCAGCCCAAACAGAAAGAUCUCCAGUACUGCAUUUGGAAGGAAGCUUCUUCACAAUAGUAACAUCAGCAGUAGUAAUGGCAGCACAGAAGAUUUGUUUCAUGAUAGCAUUGACUCCUGUGAUCUAGACAUUACAGAGAAGGUAAGUUACUUAGACAAGAAAGUGACAGAGCUGGAAAAUGAGAUUCUGAUGAACGGGGAUGUAAAAACCAAGCUGAAACAGGAAAACAUUCAGUUGGUCCACAGGAUCCAUGAGCUAGAGGAGCAGCUUAAAGACCAGGAGACCAGAGCAGAGAAAAUCAUGGAGGAUGAGCUUAGGAGACACAGAGAGGCCUACAUUCGACUAGAGAAAGACAAAAGCACACAGAUAGAGCUGCUCAGAAACCGAUUACAUCAACUAGAGGACGAAAAUGGAAAGAUGGCAAUAAAUAUGAACAGACUAAAAUCUCAGACAGAGAAACUGGAUGAGGAGAAGCAGCGGAUGACUGAUAAGCUGGAGGACACAAGCCUGCGGUUGAAGGAUGAGAUGGACCUGUACAAGAAGAUGAUGGACAAGCUACGGCAGAAUAGAAAUGAAUUUCAAAGGGAAAGAGAUACCAUGCAGGAACUCAUCGAGGACCUUCGGCGAGAGCUGGAGCACCUUCAGUUAUACAAGCUGGAGGCAGAACGAGCGGGACGUGGCCGCAGACCUUCCAUUAGCCUAUCCGAAUACAGCAGCCGAACACGUGAGAGUGAGUUGGAACAGGAAGUCAGGAGACUCAAACAGGAGAACCAGAAACUGAGAGAACAGAAUGAAGAUCUAAAUGGUCAACUUCUCAGUCUGAGCCUCCAUGAGGCCAAGAACCUGUUUGCCACACAAACAAAAGCACAGUCUCUGGCUAUGGAGAUUGAUCAUGCAUCCCGUGACCAGUUAUUGGAAGCCCUCAAGCAACAAGAGGAGAUAAACCUCCGUCUCAGGCAAUACAUGGACAAGAUCAUUUUGUCAAUUUUGGACCACAAUCCAUCUAUUCUGGAAAUUAAAAACUAAAUUCUUGUUAUGAACUGUUUAGAAGCAGCCAUGGACAUAGAGCUCCUCCCAAGGAAGGAAAUGACCUCCAAUGCCUCUGAUUGCACAGUAACUACAAUGUGAUGGUGUUUGUGCACCUUUUCCACAUUACAAAAAUAAAAAUAUAGUAAUUAAAUAUUUCAAGCACUUUUAAAGGGCAUUUUUGCUGCUCAAGAGGGGGAUUUCACUCAACAUUAUGGUUAAUCAAUUGCACCAACUUGUAUAUCACUGUUUUAGCACUGGGUGUUCACAGAGUAUGUUUGCGUCGUAUGAAUCAUUGUAUGUUUGCACUGAGAUGUAAUGAGACGGUAUAACAAAAAAAAAAAAAAAAGAGAAAGAACCAUAUGAUUUUCAGAGUUGCUGUGUAUGAUGAAAGGAAAGAGAUUUUUAUAAGUGAACAUGCAGCUUUUGGUGAGAGAAGUAUUUUUUGACCAUCUUCCUAUUUUACGAUAUUUGAAGGAAAGAGGAAAUUAGAGAAAAAUACGAUCUGAUGGGUGAUCGGAACUGGUACUUGAUAACACUGCCUGUUGUAAGAGAAUUUGUUUUAGAGCAAUGCAAUGCCCAUUGUUAUGUUUGCAAUGUAAUGUUGAGAUGUUUGUUCUGAUAUUAUCUGGCCUUUAAAAAGCAGAAGACUGAAUGUGAACUGUCAUUGUGAUUGUACCAACCUAGUAGUAUUUCAGGUUAUUUACAGGCUUAAUAAUACUAAUAAUGCACUUGUCUGUUUAUCUGCUGAAUUGUUUUCAUAAUGGCCUUAAAGGGACUUGUUCUUCCAAACAGAAAUACAUUUAAUUAUUUCAGAUGCAACAUUCUCAUGGUUUUGUUUAAUAUGCAGAUCAUGAAUAAUUUAAAAGAAUGAAUAAACAUGCACAUCAGAUAAUGCCAGUCAACAAACAACAAACUUCUUGGUCCUCUUUGGAUAAGGGAUCAAGUCUUCCAUCGAUGGCAUAAUAAUAAAGGCCUUUUCUAAAUGCUUUGACUUCA